UUCUGUCGUCCCCUUCCUCCAGCGCCACGGUGCUAGAACCCACCAUAUAGUAUGGCACAAAUCGUCCACGGAGAGUGUGCCAACGGUGGAGUUGGAGGCGGAGCAUGCCCUGAAACACAAGCCUUCCCGACUCUUCGACCAUGGCCUCCUGGUCGCCGUGUCCCAGCAGUCAACUACAACCUUCCUAUCGAUUCAUCUGACAACGUUCUCCACCCACAGUCACAAGCCCAAGAUCACGACUGCCGCGGUGAGGCCUUUGCUGCAGGUUGCGACAGGACAGUAUGGUCCCGUCCUCGACUUCUCCCUACUCCGCCGUCACAUCUUCCAGGUCGUCUCUCCCGUCUUUCAGCUAUGCCGUCGCAUUGCCCUCACUGCCUCCCAACUAUGCCAUCACCUCGCCCACGGCUCAGCUCCUUUGAGCAAUUUCUCUUGCCCAUGGCGAUCGGGUUAAUCGCUUGUUAUGGUAUUACUAUUACUUGUCUUCAACAUAUGAGUGUAGUAGGCCUUGAUGGUUGGUGUCCUCGGUAUGGAUUCAUGAAAAGGAUAGUGAUGGCAAUUAGCCUUGCAGUGUUACUGUUGCCACCUGUUUACUCUUAUAUUCUAGAUUUAUUGUGGAGGUCUACCAUUCUUAUUGUGCGAUCUGGGUACCGCAACUUGAACAGAAAGUUACUUACGGUGGUUAGCCUUCUCGGAUUGCUGUUGUUGGGUCUUGUUCUUGGUGGUAUACAUCUGCCCUCUGAUAAUAGUUUGGCCCUGACUCGUGGCAGUGGAAUCAAAAUGCUUAACAAUCAGAAACAUUCUCAUGAUAGGAUGUUACUUUCAUUUAGCCACGAGGCACAUGGCAAUAUUGGCAAGAAUGAUGGCAGAAUCAACGCUGAUCUCAGACUGACAGCAGGGAAUGCUGAUGGUUCUGGACAGGAUCAGAAAGCAUUGCCACAUUGGACCUUUAAUCCGAACAGCAAUCAGUCAGGCAAACAUUAUGAAGAGAAAAGAGAGUUGCAAAAGCAAAACGGACAGGGCAAGUCUCAUCUGUCAGUACACCAGAUAAUCAAAACUGUGGUGGCUUCCAUUGCUGUAGCUUUAGCUCUCGUUGUGGUGUGCUAUAUUUUUGUUCUGCUUUGGUGCAAGUGUGGACAGAGGGUGCCAAUAAAUGUGCCCCAAGUUCAACAUGAACUGUGUGGAGUAUCAGGACCUAGGCGAUUCCAGUUCCACGAGCUGGCAGCUGCCACGGAUAAUUUCACCGAUGACAAAAAGCUUGGGCAAGGAGGGUUUGGCCCAGUGUACAGGGGAUUCUUGAGAGACGAAGACCGCCAUGUGGCCAUCAAGCUGCUAUCUGCAGAAACUUCCUGGCAAGGGAAAAAGGAGUUUGACGCAGAAGUGAAAGUCCUGACCCUGCUGAGGCAUAGGAACAUUGUCCAGCUUGUCGGCUGCUGCGAAAGUAAUGAAGGGUUCCUGCUCGUUUAUGAACUGAUGGCUGAAGGCAGCCUUGACAAGCAUCUUCACAAUCCUGUCAGAGUUUUAUCUUGGCAGCAGAGAUACAAGAUUAUACUUGAUUUGGGCUCUGCUUUGCUCUACCUCCACCGGUGCUGCGACAAAUGCAUCGUCCACGGCGACAUCAAACCUGAAAAUGUAAUGCUUGACGCCUCAUUCAACGCUAAGCUGGGCGACUUUGGGACAGCAAGGCUCAUGGAGCAUGGAGCAGAGCCUCGAACAACGGAAAUCGUUGCAGGAACCCGUGGGUACAUCGAUCCAGAGUUCGUCAACAACCACCUACGUUGCCCCGAUGCCGACAUUUACAGCUUCGGCGUUACCCUGCUUGAGAUCGCUUCUGGCAAGCGGCCGGCGUCGAGACAGCCAAGCGAAGCCUCUGCGCUACCACUCUGGGUCCGUAGCCUAUACGAUCGGCACAAGCUUCUUGAUGCAGCUGAUGGAAAGAUGAACGGCGAGUUCGAUCGGCAGCAGAUGGAGCAUGUGCUUGUUACAGGUCUCUGGUGUGCGCAUCAGGACCCGAGCCAACGACCGUCCAUUGAGCAGGCUAUGGAUGUUCUGCGUUGUGUGGAUGCAACGUUAUUGCCUGUGCUUCCUAUGACGCGAGAUGCACAGCAAGUUCACCUGUUGGAGGAACUGGCUUACGGCGAUCAGACAGGUGAGGGUGCUUCCGUGGAGGUAGCCGCUGCAAGUACCUGCUACCUUACUUCGAAGGAUUCGGCUUAUCUGCUUGCUGAAGAAUGAGCCGUUUGAUCACAACCCAAGUUACCAAUUAGUCUUGUUACGAGAUAUAUAUACUUCUUCAGAUUCCAGUGUGCCUACCUUUCCAAAACGCUAUAUGCUGUGUGAUGUAUGUAUCUAGCUCCAGGCCUCCAGCAACCGCAUGGCAUGCCAGAUUGAUUGUAGCAAAUCUUUUUGAAUAAAAUUAUAUGACGCCUCCUCUAUGUAAUAGCUUUUUAACA